AUGUAUCUUAGUCUAUACAAUCAAUACAAAUCCAGUCUGACUUGUCCAUGCACGCAAAUUGCAAUUCCCUACAAGAAAUUUCUGACUGUUAAUCCAUCGUACCAUCAAUACUGUUCAAGUUAUUACAAUUCAAAAGCUUGGCUUGAUAUUGUACAAAGUAUUGAUCUGUAUUUAGAAAGGACAGGUAAUCCAACAGUAGCGUCGCCGACAAGUAUCUUCAUAGCACUGUCGGACUUCUGCCGUUUUUCGGGAGAAACGGUGAAUGAUUCAUUAGCAUCGUUUUAUCAGUCGAGUCUGAUCAGUGGAUAUACGAUCCAACCAGAUAUCUUUGAAUCUCAAGCUGAAGCGAUUGUUAACUUAUUCAUUAGUUCGACAUCUAAUUCAUUUAAAAGAUCUGCUGCUCUCAUACGAAGAAUUCUAGCUAAUGAUCAAGUGUUACGUGGAGCACAUGGAACUAAUUUCUAUGCGACAGUUGAUACAACUCGACAGACGUCCGAUACGGGUGUCAANAAAGGAUGUCGUUCGAGACGUGCUUGGCCUGGCAGUACUUGGAUUUGUGUUUGUUAUCGUUAUUAG